UGUCUCCGUCCGUCGUUCCCGCACUGUUGCAGUCCUCAUACCCAAACCCGCAUCCCUCCGUCACCAUGAUCUCUCUCUCCUCUCCGCUUCCCGUCCCUCCGUCGUCUGUCGCCACCGCUCGCCUCAGAGCCCGGCGACCGUCCGCCAUAUCCACCGCCGCGGCCUUCACAUCCUCCGCAGCCUCGAAAGCACACCACCAGCACCACCAGCACCACCAGCACCAGCAGCAACCUCCGUGGCUCCACCGGUCGCCGCCGUGCGCUUACGAGAUCCUCGGGAUCCCCGCUGGCGCCACAAGCAAGGAGAUCAAGGCCGCGUACCGGCGGCUCGCCAGGGUCCUGCACCCCGACGCAGCGAAGGACUCCUCGGCCGCCGACGACCGGUUCAUCAGGCUCCACGACGCGUACUCGACCCUGCUGGACCCCGAGAAGCGGGCGGUCUACGACCGGCGGGUCCUGCUGGCGAGGAAGAGGAAGAGGCCGGCCGCGGCCGUCGCUGGCGUCUCGGCGUACGGCGGGCGGAACUGGGAGACGGAUCAGUGUUGGUAGCUAGCGGGGUUUCGCGUACUCGCCGGAUCGACCGAUUCAGCUUCCCGGGUUAGAAAGAGACCGAGGAGGAUCGAUAGUGUAGAGAUGGUAGGUUAACUUAGAGAGAACGAGAGAGAGGUUUCCUCGUGAACCAGCGCCGGCGCCAUGACCACCACAACUUUGAGCUUAAAGAUGAAAGCGCUGCUGCGACCCGAUCGUCGUCGACUGAUUGACUAAACGACGCAGUUUCUACAAAUUUGGGGAGCUCGAGGACUUUCGUUUUGCAAAAAUUAACGUAAAUUGCAGUCACUGGUAUUCUGGAAAACCUGUCUCUCUUGGAUGGGUUUCUCAUGUCUGAUAGUUGUGUACUUUUUCUAGGUUAAGUGAGAAUUUCUGGCCUUGUCUUUUGUACUUUUGGAUAAAGUCACGAAAAUCUCGGGAGAUCUUGUGUUAAUUUC